AUGCUGUUUGCGGCGGAGGGCGGUAAGGUCAUCUGCGCGGCGCGGACGGUGGAAGAGGGGACGCAUCCGCUGGAGGGGUCGCUGAAUACGACGAUCCAGGAGAUACGGGAUGCGGGCGGCGAGGCGACUGCGGCGGCGGCGAAUAUAUCGCUGCCUGAGGACUGCGAGGCGCUGGUGCAGGCGGCGCACGACACCUACGGGCCGGUUGAUGUGCUCGUGAACAAUGCGGCGCUCACGUACUUCAUUCCUGUGAAGGACUAUCCACUGAACCGCUGGAUGCGCUCGUGGGCGGUGAACUUCCACGGUCCGUUCAUUCUGAGCCAGCUUGUGCUGGAGGACAUGAUACCCAGAGGCAGCGGCAGCAUCGUGAAUAUCUCGUCGGGCGCGGCGAUUGGGCCGGGACGGGGACCGUACCAGAAUGUGCCACCGAACAGCGGCGGGACAUGCUACGGCGCGGAGAAGGCUGCGCUGGAACGCUACUCCCAGGGACUGGCGCAGGAAGUCUAUCAGUACGGCAUAUCGGUAACCGCCUUGUCGCCGUCGCAGGUGGUGCCGACGCCGGGUACGAUUUUCCACAACCUCGUGAGCGGCGUAGAUGACCCGCGCGGCGAGCACCCGGAGCUUAUGGCGAAGGCUUCGCUGCUGCUUGCGACCGAGCCGCUGGACGAAGUUACGGGUUCGUCGGGACUGGAGGCCAGAGUGAGACGGUCUCGCAGUGUUCUGGUGGCGCUGGUGGUGUGCUCGAUGCUUAUGGCGGCAUGCGAUCAGUCUCAGCCGGCAGGACAGGCUACGGCUGCUCAGACGCCGGCGAUGGCUGAUGGCGAAAGAGCUACGCCAAUCCGAACGAGGGAGGCGAACCGCAGCGAGGCAAUUGCGUCCACUCCGCCACCGCGAAUGGGAAGUGGUGAUGCAAUCGUACCCGCCCCGACACAAUCCACGCCGAGACAGGCGGCCAAAGACGAAGAUGACAUCAGCACCCAGGAGACGAAUCCGAUAAUCGUAUCCCUAUACCACGGACCCUGGUCUCCGGAGGAAAGAAUCAUAGAAUCAGAUACUGUUGCCAGGGCGCGGCUGCGAUCUGCAUUUGUCGGGGCAGCAUAUUCGCACGAGCGAGGAGGUGACCGGUACUAUCGACCAGUGGUUGAGUUCAUUUAUGACGUUUCGGAGUAUCUGAAAGGGGAAUGGCAGUGA